AUGAAUUCUGAAGAAAACAUAAAACACCGAGUCAAAGACUCAGACACUCGCAAGAACGCAGACAUGAGAACAACUUAUUCUAGACGGGACAAGAGAAUGGCCAUGGCCAAACAAGGAGUCAAAUCAUUAGCUAUAGCUUUAGCUUUUCCUCUCUCUAUUACCCUUCUCACCAUCUAUUUCUUCAGCUCCAGUAACGGCUACGGCGCCGUCGUUUCGAGCAAACCGUUCUGGUUCCCCCACAUGUGGGCUCUACAUUUGACAUGUUUGGCUUCAUGUUUUAUGAUGAGUCUCUCUGCAUGGCUCGUUUGGGCUGAAGGAGGGUUUCAUAAGAAACCGUCGGCUCUUUCUCUUUACUUGGCUCAGUUUGGUUUGGGUUUAAUUUGGGAGCCAAUUGUGUUACGUAUAGGUGCCACUUGGGUUGGUUUAGUGGUGUGCUUGGCUAUGUUUGGAGCUCUGGUGGGGUGUUUUCGUCAGUUUAAAAUGAUGAGUCCUAUUGCUGGGGAUUUAGUUAAGCCUUCUUUGGCUUGGGCUGCAUUCUUAGCUAUUGUAAAUCUUAAGCUCGUCUUCCUUUGAAGAUAAUAUACAGGUGAUCAUGUUAAUAUAGCUUAUGGUUGGUUUGUUUGUUUUUUCUUCUUAUUUUGACCAUGUAAAUGGUGGAUAAGGCAUUGUUUGCCAUCUUAUUGUAAAGCAUAGUUUUUAGAUAUAUUUUCAGAAAGAUUUACAGUUGUAUGUUCA